ACCAUAGCCACCUCCUGGCUGACAUUUGAGCCCUGCUUUCCGCACGGUCAAGCCUUUUGGAGGCAGCCAGCGUAUGGCUUGUAUCAAACUCUAUAUUUAGGAAGAACAACUGUGAGCUAUGACAGGAAUUCUCUUUAACACUUAGCCUUAACGGUUUAAGUUCCCCUCCAGCCCCGAGCCAGGAGCAGCUCUCAAUACUGGGAGAGGCACAGAGCACUCGAGCUAUUUCAGCCACAUAGAAAAGCAUCGGAAUUGAGAUCGCAGCUCAGAGGACACCGGGCACCCCUUCCACCUUACAAGGAGCUUUAUAUUCUUGCAUCUGGCUGCCUGGGACUUUCCUUAGGCAGUAAACAAAUACAUAAAGCAGGGAUAAGACUGCAUGAAUAUGUCGAAACAGCCAGUUUCCAAUGUUAGAGCCAUCCAGGCAAAUAUCAAUAUUCCAAUGGGAGCCUUUCGACCAGGAGCAGGUCAACCCCCCAGAAGAAAAGAAUGUACUCCCGAAGUGGAGGAGGGUGUUCCUCCCACCUCAGAUGAGGAGAAGAAGCCAAUUCCAGGAGCAAAGAAACUUCCAGGACCUGCAGUCAAUCUAUCGGAAAUCCAGAAUAUUAAAAGUGAACUAAAAUAUGUCCCCAAAGCUGAACAGUAGUUGGAAUAAAAAAGGCUUGAUGUGAAGAAUUAAAGAGGAAGAAGAUGAAUUCAAUAGCUCACUAAAAUUUUAUAUAUUUGUAUGACGAUUACGAACCUCCUGAAUGCCUGAGACUCUAGCAGAAAUGGCCUGUUUGUACAUUUAUAUCUCUUCCUUCUAGUUAGCUGUAUUUCCUACUUUAUCUUCAUUUUUGGCACCUCACAGAACAAAUUAGCCCAUAAAUUCAACACCUGGAGGGUGUGGUUUUGAGGAGGGAUAUGAUUUUAUGCAGAGUGAUACGGGAAUGUGUCUAAUGAUUUUGAUGAAAAGUUUCUCAAGCUACUUCCUACAGUAUUUUGGUCAAUAUUUGGAAUGCGUUUUAGUUCUUCACCUUUUAAAUUACGUCACUAAACUUUUUAUGAGUUCAAAUAAAUAUUUGACUAAAUGUAAAAUGUGAA